AGAUGAUUAAAUUAUCCGCCAAAUUUUCCUAUUCAUUAAUCAUUUUCGUUACCUUAAUAAUAUGUCUCAUACUAACCACUGAAAUCGUUGGCGCAGCAGUUAUAGACCCUACCUAUAAUAUUGUAUCAAGCAAUUUAUGCGAUCCAAACGUGAAGCAGUAUUCCGGCUAUAUAAAAGUCGAUCAAUUUACAAACUUAUUUUUUUGGUUUUUUGAAUCAAGAAAUAACCCUCAAACUUCUCCAUUGACAUUAUGGCUAAAUGGAGGUCCGGGAUGUUCUUCAAUGAUAGGAUUAUUUCAAGAAAUGGGUCCUUGUAGAUCUUUAGUAGGAGGGUCAGAUGUAGAAAUAUUUCCUGAAAGUUGGAAUCAAGUUUCUAAUAUGUUAUUUAUUGACCAGCCUGUUGAUACAGGAUUUUCAUUUGGAGAUAGAACCGUAGGAACAACGGAACAAUCUUCUAAGAAUUUGUACAUAUUUUUACAAAAAUUCUUUGAAAAAUUUCCGGAAUAUUCUAAAAUGAAUUUUCAUAUUUUCGGUGAAUCUUAUGCAGGACACUACAUACCUUCAAUUGCAAAAUUGAUUGACGAAAAUAAUAUUUUAAUUAAUUCUAAUAAUUUAAAAGCGAUCCCAAUUAAUCUUCAAUCUGUUGGAAUUGGAAAUGGUUGGGUCGAUUCUAAAAUUUUAUAUAAAUCUUAUCCAGAUUUUUUAGAAUUUAAUUCAUACGGUCCCUUAUUAAAUUCAAGUGAUCUAGCGGAAAUGAGAUCAUUAUUACCUGAAUGCGAACAAUUACUCGACAAAUGUUAUACAACAGGAAUUGUGAAAGAUUGCAUAUCAGCGGAAAAUUUUUGCAUCUUGGCGUCUGAUCUUUACUUUAUAAAAACUGGAUUAAAUCCUUAUGAUAUCAGAACUUCUAUAACGACAAAAAAUACUUACCCGCCAAGUGAUUAUAUGCUGUAUUUGGCUAACCCUGAAGUAAUGAAAGCAAUCGGUGCGCAAAAAAAUUAUGUUAAUUGCUCGAUGGAUACUUUUGACCUUUUUUACACUAAUGGUGAUAAGUCAUAUAGUUAUAAAGCAGAUGUUGAAUAUCUUCUUAACAGAGGCUUUCCUGUAUUAUUAUAUUACGGCGAUGCUGAUUAUAUUUGUAACUGGUUCAGUGGAAUAGAAUUAGCAAAGGCAUUAAUAUGGUCCCACCAAUCAGAUUUUAAUAAUACUCCAAUAAAAAAAUGGAUAGUUGGCGAUAAAUCCGCAGGAGAAAUUAUUUCUUUUAAUAAAUUAACAUUUAUUAGAAUUUAUAAUGCAGGUCAUGAAAUGCCUUUUUAUCAGCCUGUAAAUUCCUUAGAAAUGUUUACCAAAUGGAUCUAUAAUGAAGCUUUAACAGCCAUAUAAUUAAAUUAUUCAUAAUAUUCUUAAUUAUUUGAUUUUCGUCAUUAUCCUUUAAUUAAAUUCAUUAAUCGUGUGAUAUUAGCGC